AUGAUCAAUCGAAGGCAUUCUGACCUCAAGUGUCUACUGCAGAAACACAAGAAUGGCAUCACUCCCAACCAGCCCAUUGCAAACAUCUCGAAGAAGCGUAAGAGGAGUACCGAGCCCUCUGGUCCCAAGCGUCUGAAGGUGCGCUUCGCAGAUCUAGCUGAGGCUAUUCCACCAGAGCCCCUACCCAAAGCCUCAGCCAACUCGGCAAACGAGAGCGACGGGAGCAACGAGAGCGACGGGAGCAACGGGAGCGACGGGAGCAACGAGAGCGACAAGAGCGACGAGAGCGACAAGAGUGACGAGAGCGACGAGAGCGACAAGAGCGACAAGAGCGACAAGAGUGACAAGAGCGACAAGAGUGACAAGAGCGACAAGAGUGACAAGAGCGACGAGAGUGACAAGAGCGACGAGAGUGACAAGAGCGACGAGAGUGACGAGAGCGACAAGAGUGACGAGAGCGACAAGAGUGACGAGAGCGACAAGAGUGACGAGAGCGACGAGGACGAGUCUGAGUCCUCCACCUCAAAAGACACGCAACGGUCUGUGUCACCCGAUGAUGCUCAGGACGAGGCUUCGUCCGGUCCAUCACCAGCCCUAGAGAUCAACAAGCAUGAUGCUACCCCGGAGGGUCUUGACCUCGUAUCGGCAUCCCUCAGCACCUGCCCAAAAGAUACCUUCGACGGCUCCUCCGAGGAGAAUAUCACAUCUCAGUCCUACCCCACUGAUCUGCAUCAAUGUCAUAACAUAGACUUGAUGUACCAGUAUACCCAUCGUCUCUGGACUCCGUGUGACACUGCACUGAUGCGCAGGGUAUACAAUGAGCUGGGCGAUAUUUCGAUGCGCUUGCAGGCUGUCAUGCGCGGCAUGAGUGGGUUGAUGGAUGAGGCGGAUUUUGAUACUCUUGAGUGCUCUUGGUCUAAUUGGGAGGGUCCCUGCACGUUCGCAGAGGCGGAUGAUGAUGCUGGGGCUUUGGAGAGUACUUUCACAGUACGGGGUGAAGAGGAUCUGGGGUUAAGCUCUGUUGAGCAAGUCUUUGCGGAUGAGUCGAGCAAUGAGUAUGGGGAUGAGUAG